AUGACGCGUCGUUCCCUGCUGUGGUUUGCCGUACUGGCGGCGCUUGCAAUCAACCUGCACCAUGUAUCCGCUCAGCUGGAUAGCACGAUCGUUAACCGGCGUAGCUCCAUCAAUUCCACACUGACAUCCUUCACGAACAACGUCGUGAACAAGGUGAACGAUUACGCGAACAAGUUCACCAGCCUGCGCACCGACAUGGCCGGGCAGCUGCGGUCGGCCUCGGAUACGCUUACCAGCUUCCUGUCGGACCAGCUAAUCGGCGAUAGUGCGCUGCUCGCAUCGGAUGUACUGUCAGCGUCCAGCACCACCCUGAGCUCGAGUGUAUCGGCUUCGCUUACCAUAUCGGCCACAUUCUCCACGGUGGGCACUUGCAUGAACACCAAAACGCAGGCAUCGGUUAGCGCGACGUUCACCUCGUUCAGCACCGCCCAGGCUUCGUACUUCAACGCCAUUACCACCUCCUCCUCACCAUACCUGUCCGACUGUCGCUCAAGGUUCGCCAACACGGCGAACGAUCUGGUGAAUCAGGGUGCCGAUCGCAUCCAGGACUGUCUGAACGACGAGAACACCGAGCUGAGCCGUGUGUCCUCGAUCCUGAACAACUACAUGACGCUCAUGAGACAACACUACCAGGCGUUAAGCAACCAUAUACGCUACUGCAGCGGUCUCGGUUCUACUGGUUCCCGCUCCGAAGUAAAGGCAGAAAUAGCCGCCUGUCUGAAGGGGAUCUCGACCACUGUCGCUCCUCUUUACAAGGCAACGCUCGCACAGCAGUUCCAGCUUGUCACCACCAUGUUGCAGCUGGAGGUGGUCGCAUCGAACGAUCGGGUCAAAUCUUGCGUUAACCAAGUCAGCAAUACUUACACCGCAAUGGCGCAAGCAAUCGUGCCAGCGCUCAAUCAGUGCCUACAGACCGGCCAGUAG